AUGUCGCUGAGCGCGCCCGCUCAGCCGGUGCGCGGGACCAGGACCAACAGCCUCGACCAGCUCGAUUUCCAAGAGCGCAGACAGCUCAUAGCUAGCUCGUUGUCCUUAACAGACUUUCUGCAUGUUGGAGCUAAAGAAGUGGCUGCUGUUGCCGCCAAAAAACAGAAUGGCUCCGCGGUACGAACCAACAGCCUGGGUUCCGGCGCGCGCACCCCGCCCGCUGAAAGAACGAAAUCCAAGUUCUCAGCGUUCGGUAGACUUUUCAAACCAUGGAAGUGGAAACGGAAAAAGAAGUCGGAGAAAUUUGAAGCAGCUUCUAGAACUUUAGAAAGAAAAAUUUCCGUCCGAGCGAAUAGAGAAGAGUUAGUUCAAAAAGGUAUUCUCAUGCCGGAGAGUCCUGUUACGCCAGUUCCGGAAGCCAACGAGGAUGUGUCCCCGGGCUACGAAGAGGGUCGUGUGGACCGCGAGUGUGUGCCGGGCGGCGCGACACUCAGCGAGCGCUCGCUCGGCAUGCACGCGGCACUGCAGGCACAGCUGGCAGCACAGCUAGCGCAGCAGCAGCUAGCACACCACCACCAGAACAAUAAUAUCAUCGAACCAAAGAAAGAUAAAUUGGAGAAUGGUGGUGAAAUGGUGAGGCCGGAGAGACCGAACUCAUUGUCAGCCGGCAAGCUCCCAAGACGGAUGUGCUAUCAAGGAGACGUGGUGGGCGGUUACGUGGGCGGCGUGGGCAGUGUGGGCGACAGUGAUGUGAGCGAGGAACAGCUCAUGCUGUCGGAGCUGCCGGAGCCGCCCAUCGCGCUGUCGGAGAUCGGUCCCAUACCGCCUCCGCCCAUGUUCAGCUCGCCGAGUCCCACGCGCCAUCAUCACCCUCACCAGCAUCCACACCCUCACCCACACACACACCCUCAUCCGCUCUCCAAUCAACUGUCUGAUUCUGAAGACGAGGAUUCUCAAGAAGAGGAGGAUGGUGAGGCCGUGGCUGGUGCGGAUACGUCUCGCGUUGAAGAGAUUCCUCCAAAGGAGCCCUUAUAUAACGCGGUGCCUCUCAAAUCAGCCCUUAAGAAACGACCGGCUGCUUCACCCGCUGGGACACCUCUCGCCACGCCGCUAGCGCCGAGACAGGAUCACCAUCACGCCAGCUUUAAACGGCCGCCGCCCAAGCCGAGGAUCCGCAUCUGCAGCCGUCCGGUGCGCGUGGGCAAUGCCACGGAUAACAAAGAGAACGCUCGACCCUGGGAAGGUGACUACAACGAGUACUCGAGCGAGUCUGAACGAGUGGCUGCCAAGCUGGCCCGCAAGGAGAGCCUCAACAUCAAACUGGCGCUACGACCGGAUAGACAGGAGUUGAUUAAUAGGAAUAUCCUGGUGGUGCAGAGUGAGCACGAACGUCAGGAAUCUUGGGAGGCCAUCGGCGCGAGGCUUAUACGUCGCCUGUCAAUGAGACCCACUGCUGAGGAAUUGGUAGAGAGGAACAUACUCAAGAGUCAGUCACCAGCGGAAGAGAAGAAGCAAAAGGAAGAGAAAAAACGUUACCUCCUGCGUAAACUUAGCUUCCGACCCACCGUCGACGAACUCAAGGAGAAGAAAAUCAUAAGAUUUAGCGAUUAUAUAGAAGUGACACAAGCGCAUGAUUACGAUCGUCGUGCCGACAAGCCGUGGACGCGCCUCACGCCACGUGACAAGGCGGCCAUCAGACGCGAGCUGAACGAGUUCAAGAGCUCCGAGAUGGCGGUGCACGAGGAGAGCAAACAUCUUACCAGGUCAAUAUAA